AUGUCCAACCCCAGCCUCAACCUCAACCUCAGGUUCAGCCCCAAUCCCAAUUUCAACCCCAGCCUCAACCCACGCCUCCAGCACCAACUCAGCCUGGUGCGCCUGAAGUGCCUGAGGGAUGGGCGGCUCGGUUCAAUGAAUCUCAGUGGGAUAAACCAACAGCACCAGCAACUCCUGGUCCUGGUGCCCAACCUGGAGUUGCCCCUGGCGUCAUACACCCGCAGCAACCUCAGCAACCUCAACAGUCCCAGCAAUCUCCACAACCCCAGCAGCCUCAGCAACCUCAGCAACCCCAACAGUUUCAGCAGCUUCAGCAACCCCAGCAACCCCAGCAACCUCAGCCUCAGCAACCUCAGCAGCCUCAGCAACCCCAGCAGCCUCAGCAGCCCGGCGCUCCCCAGGUUCCUGAGGGAUGGGCAGCUAGGUUCAAUGAUCAGUAUCAAACUUGUCCCAGUGGGAUCUUCCAACCACCCCCGCUGUCUAAAGAGCUUGUUCCUAAAGGAUGAACUCGCCUGGAAGUACCGGGCCAAGGAGAACAUGUUCAAUCACCAGUAUGUUGUGUAUCCCACAUUCGAACUCCUUUUAUGUGUCUCUUAUGGAAAUCGUUAA